AUAAAGAUGGAAGAUGGCUAUGUGUAAGAGCUUUUUAAGUUAUUUCGAUAAUCAUAAUAUAUUCAACCUCCUAAAAAACCAUUCAGUGCUUAUGAAAGAUUUAUAGGAAAUUAUGAAUAAGCAUGCAAAGAUAAAAAUCUAAAUCAUUAUUCUAAUUAGGCAAAAAGAUAAUGGGAUAAUUUAGAAAAGGAACUUAAAGAUGGUACAAUUAUGUUAGAUGUUAGAAUAUUUUCGAUUAUCAAAGAAGGAUGACGAACUUUAUGAAAAAUUGCUUCGUUAAUAUCAUUCUAUUUCUAAUUUGAUUAAAAAAAAGAAAGCUGAUGGAUCAGUGUUAUUUUUCUAAGAAAAAGGAGUAGAUAAAGAAUUAACUAAUCUUUAAUAAUUAUGGGAUGAUUUAAGUAUUGAGGAAAAGUAAAUAUAUGGAUAAAAGGCAUAAUAAAAUUGUGAGGAUACUAUAAAAGUAUUUUAUAUAUCUACCUAAGGCCUUGAUAGAAGAAUAUAUUACAGAUUAUGAACAUUAUUUAAAUCAAUAGAAUGAAAAACCACAAGACUUAUAAUUCGUAUAAAAGAUAGAGGAUGAGUAGGAUGAAAUAGAUUAAAUUGAUAUUAUUAUUGGAAUAAAGCGUACUAAUGGAAAAAAAGAAUAUUUGGUUAGGUUUAAAGGUAAAACUGGUAAAGAUGCAAAAUGGUUUCCUAAGAAGAAAUUAAGAAAAGUGAAAGAAAUAGUUAAAGAUUUCGAGGAUGCUUAUUUUAAAUAAUCAUUUUAAGAUAAUGAAUCAAGUAGUGGUUUUGAUUCAACCCCUUAAGAAUAAAUUUUCUAAGAAAAUGAAAAAGAAGAUAAAUAAAUCAACAAAUAAAAUUAAUAAUAUAAUGAAGAAAACAAAAUAGAUGAUAUUGAGGAAGAAAAAGAAGAAAAAAAGAAAGUGAAAAUAUCCAAUAAAACCAACUAAUCAAUUCAAAAAGCUAUAAAAUUACAAAAAUCAAAUUCUCCAAAUAUUGUCAAAUAACCUAAAGUUAUAACUCCAAAAAAUUAAGAAAUUGAAAAUAAAACCAACUAAACAAGAAGGAGUAAAAUAUUAGAUGAUAAAAUUAAUUCGAUUACUAAUACAAAGAGUAUUGCAAUUUAAUAAGAAUCAAAUAAAAAAUAAUAACAUAAAAUAAAGAACUAAAAAUAAUCAGGUAAAUCUUAAGAUGAUGCCAAAUAAAAAAGUAAACAAGCAUCAUUAGACAAAUCUAUUGUAUCAGUUCAAGAUGUUUCAAGGAAAGAAGAUAAUACUAAGAGUAAUUAAUAAGUGUUACAAAAAAGAUCUAGCAAAUAACUUAAUUUAGAUACUAAAUAAGAAAAACCUAUAAAUAAAAAAGUAAAGAAAUAAGAUAAUUAAAAGUCUAUUGAUGAAUCUAAGAUAAAAACACCUUAAAAAAAAUCAAAAGAAGAUAAAUAACUUAAUUAAAAAAAUCAAGAACUACCUAUCACUAAACGAUAGGGUAGAAGUAGGAAUACUCUACACUCUGAUGCACAAUAGGUAUCAACUACAAAAUUAAAUUCUAAGACUUAAAAGUAAGAAAUCAAGGAUAAUAAAUAGUCUAGUAAAUAACAACAUUUAGUGUUUUAACAAUAAAGUUUAAAUGAUUCUAAUCGAAAAUAAAAAUAAGUAAGCCAAUAGAAAUAAUAAAAAAACAAAUAAUAAUCUACAUAGCAAUAAAUUGUUAAGUCAAAAACCAGAAGUGUAAGCAUUUAAUCAAUUAAACCCAAUAAUAAGGAAAUUUAAUAAAAAAAAUAAAAUCUAAUUAAAAAAAAUCAAUCUCGAUCAGUAGAACCUAAAAUUAAUGUUAGCAUGAGAAGCAGUAAUUCAAUAAAAAGAAAUGAGAGCAGUAAAAAUUUAAAGAAAGUCCCUUAGAUUAAAACGCAAUCAAAUGAAUAAUUAAAAAAAGUUUAAAAAAAAUUAUCAAUCAAUUAAAUGCAACCUCAAAUAGAAAAAUAAUAAACUUGUACAUAAAAUAAAAAUUUGAUUAAUGUUUAAACAUAAAAUCAAUAAUAAACUAAUGGUAGAGGAAACAAAAGAAAUUCUAAAAUUAAGAAUCCUAUUGAAAUCAACAAAAAAAUAUCAAAAAAAAAUAUAAAAAAAUAAAAAGAAAAAAUUACAAAAAAAAAGUAAAUAUCAGAACAAAUAAACACCAAAAAUAGAAGUAAAAAUGAAAAACCCAAAGCUAAAGUUGCUGUAAAAUAAACAAGGUAAUUAAGAAGCAUAAAGUCUAAAGAUAUUAGAAAGAGAAAGCACUGA